AUGCAAAUCUUUGUCAAGACUUUAACUGGUAAAACCAUUACUCUAGAAGUAGAAUCUUCAGACACUAUCGAUAACGUCAAGUCCAAAAUCCAGGACAAAGAAGGUAUCCCACCUGAUCAACAGAGAUUAAUCUUUGCAGGUAAACAAUUAGAAGAUGGUAGAACAUUGUCUGAUUAUAAUAUUCAAAAAGAAUCAACUUUGCAUUUAGUGUUAAGACUAAGGGGUGGUGUGUGA